UCAAAACAAAUAAAAUUUAAACAUGUAAAAUUGCGAAUUUCUAAAGCAUAAUAUUUUUAUUUAAGUAAUGUUCAUUUGAUUUUUCUUCUGAUAAAAAAAAUUAAUAAUUUUAAAAAUGGAUGAAAUUAAAUCGAAAUUCUUAAAUUUUGUAAAAAAACAAAACCAAGUAAGGAUACCAACAAUGGGAUUCUCAACUUUACCAUACGAACACAACACUAGCAUUGACCAAGCUGAUUCAGUCUCUAUAAGCACAAGCUGCAGCCAUGAAAUUAAUGACACAAAAGACCAUAUCAAUGAUGAAGACUGUUUGAAAAAUAUGGAAAAAAUAUUUUAUGAAGAUGAGGCUGAUUUGAAAAUGUAUAUUAUAAAAAAGGUAGAAUCAGGUCAAUUGCCUUUAGAUAAAAUUCAAGAUUAUUCAGCUGAUUUACGUAAAAAGCAAAAGUUACUUUCUCGAAAACUCUUGGUUAAUAUUUCGGAUCAAAAAGCAAGCUGUAAUAAUGAGUUUCAAAAUAUUCUAGGAAUAAAACAGGAUUUAUCAAAAACUUUAACUGUAAUACAACAAAAUCGUUUACAUUUACAAUUCGCGAAAAAAAAUCUUACAACAAUCAGUUUAGAAAUUUUGGCUGCUUAUCGAAAAAGGGAAAAAAUGAAGAUUCUUAUUAAAAUAUUUAAUGCUAUUAAUAAUAUCAAAACAAUGGAUAUAAAAGUUCAAAAACUAUUAAAUGAAGGUCAAUAUCCGAACGCAAUUUACUUAUUACUUAAAUGCAAAACUUGUAUCUCGAAAUUGCCAAAUUAUAAUUGCGUUACUUCCUUGGACAAAAAGUUACAAGAAACUUUACUAAUGUCUGAGUUAGAAAUGGAAAAAAUUUUAUAUCAACUAACUGAAAAUAUUGACAUAAGUAAAUACAAGAAAUUGCAUGAAGCAUAUUCUUUGUUAAAAAAAUCAAUUAUCAUUAUGGAUCAAUUACAUUUGAAUUUUAUAUCAGCGAUUCAUGUGAGUUACUUACAAGUUGUGAAAAAAUUUGUUAGCGCGUCUGUUUUAGAUUCACAGCAAAAUGAAAUAUACGAAGAUUUCUGCGAAAAAGUUCCCCAUGAAAAAUAUUUAAUUUGCUUAGUUGAUUUGUGCAAAUGUACUUGGAAUAUUUUAAAAUCUUAUUAUCAAAUAAUUUCGUGGCAUCAAAAUUUAGAUCUUGUUAACGACAAAUUACUAGAUGAAGAACAGAACAAAUCAAUUUUGGACAAAUUAAACAAUGGAAAACUAAGAAUAUGGAAUGAUGUUCAGGCAAAGAUAUGUAGAUAUCUGUCCUCUACUCAGUUAAAGAAUUUGAAAUAUGAGCAAUUCAUUCAAGCAUUGUCUAUUGUGAGAAAGUUACAAAAAGUUGGUUUCGAAUUCUGCGAAGACGAAAAAUGUUCCGAUAAACUUAUCAAUACUAUUCACUUACAAAGUUUAGAAUUUUUCGAAAAAUAUCAUGCUAAAGUGGUAAAUGAAAUAAUUUUAUUUUUUGAGAAUGAAUCUUGGCUGCCUGUGGAAUUUUGCAGCGUUUUAGAGUUACAAGAAUUUAGAUUUGUUAAACUUAAUCUCAUGAAAUUAAAAUCAAAGCAGGACGAUGAGGUGCAUUCAGAAAACGAAUCUCAAACCGAAUCUCAAAAUCAGAUUAACAUAGAAAAUUCAUAUGAUGAAUUAGUAUCAAACAAUUCUCAAGAUAUUGUCUCGUCUAUUACUGAGGACAUCGGGUAUUUUGUGAGGUACUAUGAAAAGAGCUCGCCUUUUGAUGUCGGCUUGGAUAUUUCCAUGACGGAUGAAAAUUUUUUUUCAAAAAUAAUUGACCAGUAUCCUUUGGAUAUUUGCAAGAAAAAUAUCGGAAUCGAGAGUUCUUCUACGGAAUCAUCAAACGAACAGUUAGCAAAAUGUGAUGAAAUGUGCGCAAAUAACACAUCCAUAAAUAUUUUGCGUUAUAUGGGACGUUAUUUACAAAUGUGCAAGUUACUACAUCCUAUUUCAACAAAAAUUAUAACAUCCAUUUUAGAAUUAUUUGAUUUUUAUGCAUUCUUUAUACAUGAGAUUUUUUGCAAAACUUCAAGUAAUACUGUCAAUGUUUCAAAUGCUGACUUGGAAAUAAAAUUGAAACAUAUUGAGGAAAAUAUAGUGUUGAAAGUACAAACCUGGCCAAAUCAAAACUUUACACCUAUUAUAAAAGAAGAAUUGGAAAAUACAGAAACAUUAUACGGUUUAUCUUGUCGUAUUGUUGCUAUUCAGAGUGGGUUGAGUAUGCUGAAACAAUUUCAGUUAUUGCAUCAGUUUUUGAAUAAAUUAUUACCUAAUUUGGAUGGGACGUUGACCGAAGUCACUGAGAAGCACAUGACAUUUUUUGAAGAAAUUGCAAAAUUAAUGUAUUUAAAAUCGAUUUCAAGAAUAUUGGAUAGUGAAGAAAUCUUAAAUGGAAUGGCUAAAAUAAAAUGGGAUGUUAAUCAUGUCAGUACACAGCACAGCUUCUAUAUUGAUGUAAUCAAUAGAAAUUGUCAAACAUUUGCUAUGAAACUAGAAGAAAUUUCAAAAAUAGUUGAACAAAUACCAUAUGAAAUUGUUUGGGACUGCUUAGUGCAAUCAUCAACAUGCUUACUAGUUGAAGGCUUUUCUAAUGUAAAAAAAUGUACAGCAGGCGGAAGAGCGUUGAUGCAACUAGAUUUUACUUAUUUUAUCUCCAUGGUAGAACUUAUAUCCAAGCAAAAAUUUUCUAAUCACCGUUCGUAUGUUGAUACGUAUAUUAAAGCAUAUUAUUUACCAUUGGAUGAAUUUAUUGACUGGUUGAAAAUUCAAAAAGAUGCUAAAAUAUACAGCAAUAAACAACUUUUGUCUUUAAUAAACUGUACAUAUUAUGGAGAUAAAAAAACUAAAACACGUUUAACUGAAAUUUUAGAUGAAUCAAAUAUCGAAGGUAUUAAAUAAAAAUCUAAAAUUGUAUUACAAUGUAAAUUUUAUUUCAAAAAUUGAUAAUAUUUUUUAAUAUAAUAUUCAUAUAUCUUAACAUACAUAUACAUAUUUUUUUUUGUUGAAAUUAUGUAAUUAAAUGUGCUUCAAAAGUGAUCAAAUUCUAACUAUAGUCUUAAACGAAGUAUAAUUGUGUAAAAGUAGUAUUGCGGUCUAUUUUAGCAGAUGCAUGAAAAAUUUUGAAAUUUUUCUUAAAAAAUAAUUUUUGAAAAACAAAACCCGAGUUAAUAACAACAAUAUUAGAAGCGAAAAAAUAAAUAAUGUAGGGACUAGUAAUUUUUGUGAUAAAAUAUUUUGAAUACAUCAUCUUUCGGAGAGAAGGAUGAUGUAUUCAAAAAUUGUAUUUGAAGAAGUUUGAAGCUGAAGAAUUACACUAGAUAAAAUUGAAACCAAUUUUCAAAUUUCUUUUUAUUUUACAAUAAACUCAAAAACGAAAGAAAUGCUAGAAUAAAAGAUAAAGUAGUAAAUCUAUUACGAAAUUAUUAGUUAUAAUUCUGGUUUAAUAAAAUUUAUUAUUGAAAACUCGGUUAUUUUCUCACUUAUUAACUUAAUUGUUAUUUAUAAAAAUUGCUACUUAAUACUUAACUUUAGUUAAAUAUACAAAAUGACAUAAUUAAAAAAUUAAAAAAUCUAUAUAAUGUACAGAAAUAUAGACAAAAAACUGAGCUACUAAAAACUCUUAGUGCAAGGAAAAGUGUAUAUAUGCAUUUAUGUAUAUACGCAUUACAACUUUAACAAUAAUGUAUAAUACACACGUUAAAUAUAUAUUUUGGUAAAUAUGAAUCUUUAUAUGAAUUUUUAACUAGUACGAAUUUGCUUCUUAUUGAUAGCGUUGUCCUUAAUUUCGUUGUGUGUGUUUUUAUCUUUUAAUGUGUAAUUUAAUUUGUUUUCAGUUUUAAAGAAAAUAGCUACAUGCAUAACAUACAUACAUAUAUGUGUAUCUAUUCAUAAAAAUGAGAAAUUAAUAUAUUUUUAUUUAAAAUUAAUAUUAAUUGUUUCAUAUUUCAAUAGGUAUAUCGAAAAAAUUGUAAAUUAAGACAAUUUUGUUCUUAUUAUUUUUAAUUAUUAUUUCUUCGAAAUAAUAUGCAUGUGUUCGUAUGAAAAAAUAUUUCAUUUCUUCUUAACCGAAUUAAAAUCAAAUAAUUUAUUUUUAGAAAUGCUUGUAAAACAAAAAAGACAAAAUUAAAAUUAAUUCGAAUAUAAAAAAGACAAUUUCAGCUGUAAAUUUUAAGCUUCGUUCGUUGAUUUUCUUUUUCUGAAUUAGAAAAUUAUUUUUUUUUGUAUUUAUUUGUAACGAACCUUUUUAUUCG